AUGGGAAAUUGCAUAAAGCCUAGCGCAAGAAGGCAACAUGAAGAGGAUGAUAACAUGAAGGAGCUUCACCAGGAAAAGAAAAACUUUGAGAAAGGUUCAAGUCUUAAGGUUAAGAUCGUGCUCACAAAGGAGGAGCUGGAGUGGUUAAUGUUUCAGCUAAAGGUCAAUGGAGGAAAGAAGCUAGAAGAUGUUUUGGGAGAGAUAGAGAGAGGGAGAUCAAUGAAAGUUAAGACAUGGAAACCCUCUUUGGAGAGUAUCAUGGAAAGUCCUGAAGGGCUUGAUCAGAACGAGAGACGAGUCGUUUGA